GGGGUUGCUGGGCGGACCACACUUCACGUCUUCCUCUCUUAUACACACGGUUCAACAUUCUUCAUGCGGAGGCGUGUCUUGGCUUCCGCGGAUGACGAAGCCAUGUGGCAACCCCCAUGGGGAAGUGUGAGUGCGCACCGGGUUGCGCUAGCUUGGGCCGACCCCGAUGCUUUUCUGGGGUAAAACAAGCCAGCGUUGAUCAACAAUUCUGCUGGCGCUCCUUGCCCUCAAAGAGGACCGGCCGACGCCAAAGGCUGUUUAUAACUGGCGUGUCUAUGCCUGCGCCGCCAUCGCGUCAUUCGCGUCAUGAUCGGCUAUGACUCUGCAUUCAUCGGCACCACGCUUGCUCUCCCGCCGUUCACCGGGGAGUUUGACUUUGCAUCUUACGCCCCUGGUGAUCUCGCUCUGCUGCAGGCCAAUAUCGUGUCGGUCUAUCAAGCAGGUGCGUUUUUCGGCAGCCUAUUCGCCUAUGCCACCAGUCACUUCCUCGGCAGACGCAAGUCCCUAUUCAUCUUCGCCUCCGUCUUCACCCUCGGUGCCGGCAUCAUGCUCGCGGCGAGCGCGGGGAGGGGAAUGGGCCCCAUCCUAGCCGGCCGGGUCCUGGCUGGUAUCGGUGUUGGCGGUGCUUCCAACAUGGUUCCCAUCUACAUAUCAGAGAUGGCACCACUGGCCAUCCGUGGUCGGCUCGUCGGCAUCUACGAGCUAGGGUGGCAGAUCGAUGGCCUUGUGGGCUUCUGGAUUAACUGUGGAGUUAAUACCACCCUUGCGCCCACACGGUCGCAGUGGCUCAUUCCCUUUGCCGUACAGCUCAUCCCCGGCGGUCUUCUGUUCCUCGGGGUGUUCUGGAUCAAGGAAUCCCCAAGGUGGCUGUUCGCCAAUGGCCAGAGGGAGGAGGCCAUGAAGGUCCUGUGCUGGAUACGGAACCUCGAGCCCACCGACCGGUACAUCAUCGAGGAGGUCCAGCACAUUGACCGAGACAUCGAGACGUUUGAGAGGGAAGUCGGCAAGGGUUUCUGGAAGUCCUUCCUCGCCCUCAAACAGCCCAAGGUCCAAUGGCGCUUCGUCCUCGGCGGUCUGCUGUUCGCAUUACAGAACGGUUCCGGUAUCAAUGCCGUGAACUAUUAUUCCCCGACCGUCUUUCGCAGCCUCGGCAUCACCGGCACAAACACCGGGUUCCUGACAACUGGUCUCUUCGGUGUUGUCAAGACGGUCCUGACGGUGAUCUGGCUGCUCUGGCUCGUGGAUCAUGUUGGCCGGCGCCGGAUGCUGUUCAUCGGAGCCGCGGGUGGAUCGCUGUGCAUGUGGUUCAUUGGGGCCUACAUUAAGGUUGCGGGCUCCUCGGCCAGCCAGAGCGGUAGCAUGUCGGGCACUGGCAUUGCCGCCGUGUUCUUUUUCUACCUCUGGACCGCGCUCUACACCCCUUCGUGGAACAGAACGCCGUGGGUCAUCAACUCGGAGAUGUUUGACCAGAACACUCGCUCGCUGGGUCAGGCGUCCGCGUCGGCCAACAACUGGUUCUGGAACUUCAUCAUCUCCCGCUUCACGCCCCAGAUGUUCCUCAAGAUGGAGUAUGGCGUCUACUUCUUCUUUGCGUCGCUCAUGAUCUUGUCUAUCAUCUUCAUGUUCUUCUUGGUCCCGGAGACCAAAUCGGUUCCACUCGAGCACAUGGACCGCCUGUUCGAGAUCAAGCCGGUGCGGAAGGCAAACAAGGUUCUCAUGGAAGAGCUGGGCUUCCAGAAUGCAGGCAUUUCGGUGGAGGAUGGGUCCCUGUCUGCCGACGAAAAGGGAAAGGAGCGUCACUUGGAGACGACGUCAAGCGUUUAGACGGGAUGGUGAGACGGCCAUGAAGCUCCAGCCGGUCGUUGGGUUGCUAGCUCAGAUAGGCUUUUCAUGCUGUCCUCUAAGGGGGUUGCGUCCCAUGACGUAUGACGGCUCUGCGGAAGACCGAUUCCAGCUCGACAUAUACUUCAUAU